CUGAGUACAGCCGUAUGUCCUCUACCAGCAGUGAACUUUCCGUGGAAGGCAUACAAGACCCGUUUCUUGUUAGUGUACAUAUUAUCACAGACCCCGGUGAAUCCAAGACUCUUCAGCAAGCCAUCGAUAAGCUUCUAGCCUGGAUCCAUCCAGACCUCCAGUUGUUCCGAGUCUCGGAACGGCGAGUGCCCAAGAAGCGCAGGAAGCCAGGUAAGGCUGGUGCCUCUCAGCCAGCCCUCGCCGUCGUUCUGUUUCUGCAGGAGGAAUAUGGAGAAGAACCGAUCCUGCAGCUCCACGAAACCUUUCAGCGGCCGCCUUGGCAUUACCACCACACAGAGCGAGUGCAUAGGAAGUUCCUCCCUUACAUGCCGUGCAGCCAGGACUUCUACACGUUGGCUCCAGAGACUCCUCUGUGGGCCAUUCGCCCAGUGCACUACGGGAAAGAAAUUAUCCGCUUCACUAUAUACUGCAGGAGCGAAAACUUUGUCGACAUCUUGAAAUUGUACGAGCUUAUACUGAAAAGACCAGUGUGUCAGAAAAAAGCGGACUUUUGUGUUUUUCCUGUCUAUUCUAACGUGGAAAUAGACAUUCAGUUUUCUUUAAAAAAACUUCCGAAGGGCCAGGUGCCAACGCCGACAGAGUCAGCGGUGCUGGAGUUCAGAGUGAAAGACGUGGGGCAGCUUGUGCCUCUCUUGCCCAACCCUUGCAGCCCCAUCAGUGAAGGCAGGUGGCAGACAGAAGACCACGAUGGAAACAGGAUCCUUUUGCAGCAAGCACGUGGUUGGUGUAGGAAGUCUGCAAAGCAGAACAAACAACCAUAUCCAUCUGUGUCAACAGAUUCCCGCUUCACCACUCUGCCAGCCUUUCUUCCUCAGAGCCACCAAUCUGUCCCUGAAGAACCAAAAGAAAUGGGUCAGAACAAGGUACACCAUGCAAAUGGCCUUGGUCAUCAUCUUGGUUUCUCCCAGCAGGACUUGAGACACAGUGAACAAGGAGACUUCACACGCAGAUCCAGCAGUGCCUCCAGCAUUUCAUGGACAUUUAAACGAAGCAAGUCUAUGUUCUGCUUGCCCACAGUGAACUCCUCCUCAGCCUCAGAGACUUCUCAUUUCAGCGAACCAUUUCAGUUUUUAAAUAUUGGAUCACCUGCAACCAGGUUAAAAACAUGGAGAUGUAGCCCCAGGCUUAACAUUGAUGACUUGGAGGGUGCACAGGAGACUGAUGUAGACACAGGGAUGAAGCUGUCCUUCUCAGACCUGUCUGUAGUCUCUGCGUACUCUGCCCUUAAUGGAUUUUGCAAUGACUUGAAAGCCUCUCUUCCCCAACAGAAGCAAGCUAUCAGUAAGACUAAACAGACAGCCACCAGAGAAAGGCCUAUAUCAACUGUGUGCAAUACCUUUGAGUCAGUUGACGGUUCACUGCCUUUUCUCUCCAAAUGGUCUUCCAGUUCAUUCACAUCAGCGUCUUUUUCCAAGCAGCCCAAACAGUCCUUGAGAGCAGCUCCUUGUUCUCUGGAUGAUCAUGGUAGUGUUUGCCCAGCUUCAUCAGCUAACGAAGAAGAAUUUUAUAUCUGAGGUUUCUCUAUCUUACAACUUCCAUGGCAAGCGUGUCCUACUUGUGAAUGACAGCAGUGGACCCACCUUGAUCUUGCAGAAGGUUCCUUACUGAUGAGGUAAUGCAACAGAGUAUACUGAAUAUUUGAAGAAAGCAUUCGGAUCCCUCAGAGGUGGGUGUCCUCAAACUAUGUACAGGAAAUCAGUCUGAGUUUUCAUCCUGUACAUUUGUGCUGGAAGGGAUGAUCAGAGGCUUGUCCAUGGCAGUACAAGGUGGAUGGUUUCUGUGACUGACCCUUGGACUGGUAGUGAAAGAAAUGCCAGAAGAGGCACAUAAUAAUCCAGUUUUCUUUGGCAGAAACUAAAGAGUACUUUGUGACACCAAACUGCUUUAUCUUUUCUGAGAAAUUCCCCUAGCUCAGGAAAGGUGGUAGGGGAAAGGGGUCUUCUUUCCCUUUCACAAGAUCCAAAGGCAGCUCUAAGCACAGCAGGUCCCAGUAACGUGUCUCCAGUAGAGUCAGGCAAGACAUUUCCUGUGAGGACACACAUAGUUCCUUCUAACUUCUGAGUUGGCAGUGUUGAGUCGGGAAGAAGCUUCACUCCUUCCCCAGGGAAGAGGAAACUCUGCUGUAUCUGUCACUUUGACAGUCCAAGAUGUGGAAAGUGCCAAAAGGGAAACCUUACAGAACAUUUUCAACCCAUCCCCUCAAAAAGCACAUCCUUUCCAGUUGGAAGGGUGCUGUCUGGGCUGUUGUCUGACCCGCUUAUGUAGACAGUGAUAAGCCCAAGUAAACCAUUAAACCAUGUUAGCUACUUCUAACUCAGGCAAUACAGAGCUUACCAUUUUGGAAUACAAAACAAGUAAGAUAACACAGCAUUUUUAUAUAUUGCUACACCACUAGUCCCAAAUAUAUGGCAGCUCCCAAAUUUUUAAGAAGUUGUUAUAUAAUUAAAGCAGAAACUUAUUUUUCAUAUUUCCAGUGCAAGCAUACCUCUUUCUGAGUAAAAUGCAUUUCUUCUCAAAUACCUCUCUCCAAAGUGAGAAAAAGUCAAAUUUUACUGGCUUUUCAAGUGAUGUUUUUAAAAUACAUGCUCUUGAUAAUCUUAUUUGCUCCAAUUGAUUUGAUAUUUAAAAAAAAAAGUAAGUAAAAAGAUGUUAAUAUGACAGCUAAGUACCUUCAUCUGGAUUUAAGUUGUAUAUAGAGAUUGCAUCACGCGUGUUCUGAAAAGUUACAUUUUUGGCAGAGAAGUGGUGCUGAUUGCAGCUCUGGUCUAGCCGGUGGGAAAAAGACCAUGUUAAAAUGUGUGUGUAUAAUACUGUAUGUAACCUAUAUACAGCCACAGAUGGUGAAGGCCUACCAUGAUGGUAUUGUGGUAGAAUAAAAAUGCAUUUGUGGAGAAAAAUGUUUGCUAUAUUACCGGGUAGAUUUACUCAGAAGAAUUGCUGCUUUGAAGGCAAAAAAAUAAUAAUGCACACCCAUACUCUAAAUAAUAUUUACAAAAAGUGGAACAGCUCCCCUGGCCCAUUAAAGCAUAGUUUGUAGAAACAAUUCUGGAAGAAAGCCUGGGGGAAAUUGAGUCCAGGUUUAUUGGGGAGGAAGGGGAUUCCAUUAAAGCUGCACCCCCACUCUGGAAGAGGCCAGAAGGAUAGUCAAGAGCCAGGAUACUGCUCCUCAAGGCUUUUUCAUUUUGCUGUCAUUUUCUCCACAAGGGGAAAGAGGCAUCAGGCUGAAGUCGAAGUCUCUUCUUUGUGAGAUGCUACCAUAGCAUAUACCAGAAGUAAACCUUGUCUUUGGUGCUAAACACAAUGUAUAAAUAGGAAAAUCUAUUCAAGCUCUAAGAGCAUGGGAGAUUAUCAGCCUCCUCUUGCCCUCCAAACUGUUUAGGCUUGCUGCAGUUUUGGGUAAACUGUUCUCUUAGGAAAUGUCUGAGGCCAGAAAUAGCACUAAUGAAGGGUUUGUCAUGGUGUGCGUGUGUUUACCUGCUCUAUACUCCUUCAGAGUCCACGCAGUCUUUCCUCUGACUUUCGUGGCCCUUGGAUCAAACCCUCUCUGAACACAGAAGACCUGACUUACUUAUCCAAAGUUGUGCUCCAUGUUAUUAUUUGUACCCUGUCAAAAUACUUGUAAAACACGCUGAGGUCAGACCAGCAGUUUUUUUCCAUCAUCUUGCAAUUCACCCCACGAGCAGCAAUGCCUAAGACAGUCAGGCUCCACAGGUUUAAAUCUGUGGUUCCUUAUUUUCUAUCAUAUGAAAAACAAAUAGAAAAACAAAUGAUGAAAUAGCAUUGUAUAUUCAUGUGAGACCCAUUUUAUCAACACUAGCCACUUCCAGAUAAGACAACCAACAGAAUGAAUGUGGUUCAAAUCUGUUAAAAAUUUUAGUAUUCAUUAUUUGGAACAGCGGAAAAAACAAAGAAGGCCUUUUCACAAUAUUUUAAUAAUAUAGAUAGCAAUUGAUCUGAACAUGAAAUCGAAAACUGGUUUGAGCUGAUGUGUCUGUCUGAUCCUGGAAUCAUGCCAACACCCAGUCUCCUGACAAAAGUUGUUUGGGGCUUUUAAGGAAGAGGAGGCUUUGAAACAUCUUUCCGCCUCUGCAAGAAGGAGUUCAGCACAUCUGGGGGCCGUCUCCGGACGCGGCAGGGAGCGGUGGGGCUGGAUGGAGCACAGGAUGACUCAAGUGUCAAUCGUGGGGCUCACGUGCAGCAUUAACUGGCAGCUCCGCAAACAUCUCAGCUCCAGAUUUUGCCACGUUAAUCCUAGUAAUGGGAAGAAAGCCAAACGAGCUUCCACGGACUCUGAGUUUGUGCUGUCCCCACCGGUUCCGUCUCCAAGUAUUUCUAUUCUGUUCUGUUUACUGAUAGUUAACUAGAAGUGAAAGUUCUAAUUGUUUACAUUUGUGGUGCUUGUAACCAAAUUUUGGAAUAACUGAGUGUCCUACUGUCAGGAAAAACAGAGAUGGCAGUGUACAGAAAGCUUUUUGUCUAUAGUAAAGAAAGCCAGAGUUUGAAGAGUGUUUCUCUGAAGGUUGGCUUCAUUAAUUCUCUUCCCAUUAUUUAAGAAGGGGCUGAUCUCUUCAGAGAGUUGAAUAUGCACAAGUUUCAUGGCAUUUACUUAUGUAUUGUAUUGUUUUGGUUAAAUUAUGAACAGUGUCAUUUGAGAACUGCAGGUCUACCCUGAACUUUCUCUCCUUAUCACCCCGAAAUGCGUUGCUUCUGUGAAAUAAAAUAGAGAUGAAAAGUCAGUUGUGCUUAACCUUCUGCGUGUUCAUUUGUGAAGUAUUGUAGACUCGCUGACUGUUUUAACUAGGCUUCAAAAUGAAUGCAGUGACACAAGCUCUCCAGCUCUUGGCAGUGUGUGUC